GAACUCUCAGCUUGCUCAGCCUUGGGCUUGGCAGUAGCCUCGUACUGUCACUGGGGGCAGAUGGUCUCUCUCUCUCAGUGUCAGGCGUCAGCUGUCCACAUGAGCACAGAUGAGUGCGUCGGACUCUGAGUCUCACCCACCGCUCACAGACUCCCGACAAAGCCCUGACAGUUUCGCUCCCUGCUGGGUUUUGCUGGAAUCUGACAAACUAUCGAAGAAGACACUUUUCUUCCUCUGAUAACAUUGAUUCUGUGAAGACAUGCCUCACUCCAGGUGCACAGCAGGAAGCUCUUUCGUACAAGUUCUUCGUUCAGGAGUUUCCUCCUUCCCUGGAUACCACAUGCAGGACGUUGCAGUUUCCCCCCUUCAAUGAGCAAGGCGCAGUCGCGUCCAGACCAGCUGCACGGCAAUAGAAGUAAUAAUCCUCCAAGAUGGCACUCACUUCACCCUAUGUUACUGAGGAGCCAGGAGCCGACUUCGCUGAAGUGGACAUAUGCAGGCUUGAGAUUAAUAGGAAGUAUGAAGUCAUCCCAUCCAUUGUCUGCGCUGUUUGCCUUUCAUUCGGCCUCAUCUACUGCUUUUUUGGAUACCGCUCCUUCAAGAUGGUCAUGUUCUUUUCCGGCUUCACGUUUGGAACGGCAGCCGUACUCCUGUUGUACCACACGGAGACGGUGUUGGAUGUCCAGCUGGGGACGGAGACCAAGGCGGGGAUCGGCCUGGGCGUGGGUGUGCUCUGCGGGCUGAUGACAAUGCUGCUGUCAACGAUGGGACUCGUCCUCAGCGGCCUACAGCUGGGGACCCUGCUCUCCCUCGCCAUCCUGGUGGUUAUCGGACAGUUUCACAGCCUUACUCCCGUGUGGGUGCCUCUCAGUAUCGUACUGGCUGCCAGCAUCAUCACUGCUGUCUUCACACUUAAGUGGCAGAAACUCUUCAGCAUCUUCCACACAUCUGUGUUUGGAGCAACCACUGUGAUGCUGUGCGUGGAUUACCUGGUGGGGACGUUUAUGCUGCCAGAUCAGGUGUACGAUAUGCUUUGUCAAGUUGCCACACGUCCACUGUGCUGGUUUAACUGGGCAAUCACUGGGAUCUUUCCUAUUUUGAGUGUCAUAGGCAUGUUAGUGCAGUGGAGGUUUACUGCCAAAGGAGUAUCACACACAGAAGCUGCACAAAAAAAACAGAAGAAACACGCCAAGAAGCACAGACACAGAGAGUCCAGGAGUAGACCUCCACCGCAGCGUCGACGCAGGCCUCCACCCUUGAAACGCUACGCCGGAGACGUCCUGGCGCCGAGUUAUCUCCAGAGCCUUCAGGAGCGUCAGAUGGGAACAGGCUCCUCCGCCAGCAGCGUCAGCACUAUCACACAUGCUCUAAUUGACUUUGACUUUGAGACAGGCUCCAUGGUGCCUCUGACUACUGCCUCCCCUGUUUUUACAGUCUGAGAGAAACACGGCAUCAAAUAUUUGUAAAACGUCACACACCUGAGGAAUCCAUUAUGUUACCUCUGAAUAUCUGAACUGUUCAAUUCCACGGAAACAAAUUCAAUUCACUUAACCGGCUUCGCCGGAUAAUCACAAACAUGCACACAGAGUGAUUCGAGAUGCUUGGAGAUCAUCCUCUGAAUGAUGACAAGACAAAACAACGCAACAUCCACAGUCAUGAGACUCAGGCUCACAACAUGCUUUGAACGGUUUAUCUCUCAGACACUUUGUGUUUCACAGUUGUGCAGUUUUAUUUCAUGCAAUUGAAUAACAACCUUAUAUUCUCGGAACACUAUUACAUUCUCUUGGAAGCUGUUCAUGCCAUUGGAUACAAACAUAGACCUAAAAUGUGUGUCUAGAUUAGUUUGGGUUGUAACAACUUUCAAGUUCAACUAUUGUGGUUACAAGCCAUGAAUUCAUACCAGCACAUGCAAUAAAAUUAUGGAUAAAAUGGGGAAUUUUGGAAAAAAGACCUCUGUAUAAAACAGCCAAUGUGGCCAAAGUGGCAAUUAUGAGAUAAUGGUAAAUAUUAGAACACACUUACUCAGUAAUGUCAGCUUCACAGGCCUACUGGUCUUACCAGACCAAGUAAGACUGUAGCAACAAAACCACUGCGUGUACUGGACUGAUCAGUAGUGUGUUUUACUGUUUAGGAAUUCAAAUUUUUUUUGUAAGAGGGAGAAUUUAUUAUUUCAUCUUUCAGGAGUUACAGACUCUCGCUUUGAAGGUACAAAUAUUUUAAAGUGCCUGCAGACCGUUGUGUGUUGUUUUCAAUUUCCGUGGCUGAUUAGACACCAGCCGAGGUUGAAGUUGGAUGGAGCUCGCAGAAGUCCAUGUAUUAUUUUUCUUUAUUUUACUUAAUUUGAUUAGUUUAUUUGGAAAAGUAUACCUAAUUGAACGAAAUGGCACAUCAUAUAAAAUUCAUAUAGUCAACAUAAUAAGUAUGCACAAAAUAAUACGCUAUACAUCCACCAAUAAAUAUUGCUCCAGUAUAGCGCAAGGUAGUUUGCUAAAAGCCAUUCUAAAUAAAUGUUUGAAUGUAAAUGUAAAACACGUUUGAAUGUAAAUGUAAAACACAUUCAAGGAAAGGAAUAGAAAAGGACUGAUCAGGAUAUACAACGAGAUGGCAGCAGAGAAGACGACUAUUAUCCAAAUAUUCAGAUGUUCGAUUAUUAAAAGUGAAAGCACAGUAAGCAUUGAAUUCUCCAAUGUGCACCAGUUGUGAAUCCCAUACUUUUGACGUUGGAAAAAUUACUGACAAAAUGCGCUUCUUUAAAUGGAAACAAUGCAGUUCCCCAUCACGUACGUCUGAUAGCCUGACUGAUUGGUCUGUUUUUAACUGACGUGACGAUCAAUAUAAUGUAAAAAUGUGAAAACAAAAAAAGAGAUUAAUAUAUUUUCAUCAUGUUUUCCCAGCUCAGGGGUGUAUGUUUCAGAUUUGACAGCUGGGAAAGCUUUAACAGAAUGUUCUAAUAAACGAGACAAAGAUGUGAGUUGUCCAACACAAACAGGUGCAACAAAAACUAACAUUAGGAGUAUGAGGCAGCGGUCAAUCAAACACUGUAUGUACACAUCCACAAAGACUAACUGAGGAGGUUUAAUUGGCCAAUUUAAUUGCCGAUAUUGUUCGUGCCGGUUGACUGUCACACUGUCAUGAAUUACUGGUACACUUGACUAGAACAAAACCAUUGUUCAUGUUAUUAGUAACGCCCGUGCUUUGCUGUUGUGGCAAAGGCCUAUUGAUAGAAAACUGUGUAGGUGAACACGAUUUUAUCAGUAAUGGUACAUACUGUUCUGCCCUUUAAAGGCAAAACUGCGUAUUUGGUCAAAAUUGAGUCAUAACCUGUAUCUUACUUUCUGCCAUCUUUUACCCCGACCCCGAUGCGAUUUUGUCAUCAGGUGGGCACCCUCCUUCAGAGGUGUUCUUUCGAUGAUAGGCCCACGACACCUCCAGAGGGCUCGUCGGCAACACCUGACAUCCCAGGUGCGCCCCCCUCUGCUUGUACCCCUUGUUAUCCUGAUGCCAUUGAUGUUAUCUCAGGGCCGAGGUGGUGUCUUUCCCCUUGAUCCGGAGCCACCAGCUUGUCUGUUCAGUAGCACUGGAGAGGGCUUUGAUGGCUUGACGAUGGGCUUGGCCUCGGAUCCCCAUUUCCUUAAGCAGCCUAGUAGUUGACUUGCCUAUGAAGCCUCUGCAGCCGACUUCAACUGUGCAAACCUUAGAAUAGCUAGAAAUGUAUCAUUUCCACGAAAACAGCUUUUGAAAUUUGCAGUAACUACAAAGCAGACCUUUUAGAGCCCAAAGUGAAACCUAAUAUCUGCACUUUGACUGUGUUGUCACUGCAUUCUGGCGUUGUAUUACUACCCAGGGUGUGGUCACUUCACUCUUCCUCAAAACAGAGAUUAGUAAUCACAGAAAGUUUUAGGGUUUUAAUGCGACAGUGUAAUAGAUAUAAAAGCUGUUAAACCUCAAUGUUAUGCCUUUUAUUGCUUGAUUAUUAAUUACUGUCACUGACCUUAUAUAAAACCUCCAAAAACCCGUUAAGAUAUUAAUGUUACACUCUGUUUGGACAAUCAAAAGGGAAAACACAGUCUUCAAAAAUCAAAUAGAAAAUUCUCAGUUUUCACAGGUCUCUUGUAUAUUUAAACUAAUGAGCCAGUUUACUAAAUUCAUCUUUCAAUAAAUACAUUUUGAAUGUGUGAUUUAAAUGUAGCAAAUGUCAAAUAACAUGAACUCCGCCAGAGUCAGAGGUCACAAGGACGGUGUUCACUGCUACUCUGCUAAGCUGGGCUAGUUAGCAUUUAGCAGGACCGGCUGAUCUGGUGUUCCUUUUUUUACUAUCCAUGAUGAUCUAAGAUGUGCCUGUGUGUGGUAUAAAAUUACCAAAAUCUUGAAGCAUCAAAAUAGAUUUUUCAAUUCCAGGAAACGGGAAAAAAAGGUAAAUUAGCUUUAGCUAAGGCUAUCUCACCAGCUAGCCUUAAUUAGACACACUGGAUUCACUGCACUCCACUGUUUCAAUGCUAACCCUGUUGGUGCUACUUUUAAAUCACAUACUCAAAUGUAAUAAAUUGUAAAUUAUUUUUAUUAUAUUGAUUUAAAUAUAACUAUUAAUAGUACAGAUAGAAACUUACCCCCGUGAUUCCUAUAAGCUAUGGACCAUUAAACUAAAGUUAAUUUUCUUAAACAAACUAGUUAAAAUGGAUAAUAUAGCUGAGAGAUCAGAUUUUGUUGGUAGAUAUACGGCUUUUUUAGGCAGUGUGUUUGGUUUCUACGGCAGUGAUUUCUGCUGGGUAAAGUAUUCAGCGUAUAAACACAGAAAAUGAAAGCAUUCUUUCUAUCUGUUUUACACAACACUUUUCUCUCUUACAUGCUUCCGUGAUUACCGCCCUGUGUCCGUGAGGACAGUGUAGAAGCUUUAUCAGUGGACAACAACAUCCAGUCUUACUGAAUCACACAACACAAAGUCUUAGUUUGUCUUUUUCCAUUUCAUGUCUGUUAAUAGCCACUGUUUUAAUAAUAACAUAUUAUUGACACAAAAAAGAGACAACGCAUUAUGCAAAUAUUUAUUCUUUUGUUGAAUUCAUGCUGAUUUUGUCCAGAAAUAAUAAUAAU